AUGGAGGAUUGUAUAACUAAAAUGCGUGAAAAUGAAUUAGCAAGUAUUCGACGUACAUCUCGUUUCCGUGCGCUCAAUAUGACUCAAUUCUUUAUCUCAACACCAUUUCUUGCAUUGCUUACUUUUGGAACUGCGUGGCUUCUCGAUUAUCCAUUGAGUACAGCUACCGUUUUUCCAGCUCUUUUAUCCUUUGCUUUGAUACGUAAUAAUAUCAUGUAUUAUCUCCCUCUGAUCAGUGAGGAACUAAGUGAAGCAAGAUUAGCAUCAAAAAGAAUAGAUGCAUUCAUGCGUCUGUCCGUAAAGCAAGAAAAUCAGUUUCGAUUAUGCACAUCUGCAAUCCAUCAGCAACAAAAAGGAAUUAUAAGCAUGUCUAAUGCAUCUUUUUCGUGGCAUAAUGAGAUGCCUUGUCUAUCAUUGCUUGAUCUGACUAUCGAACAAGGCACACUUGUGGGAAUAGUUGGACCAGUAGGUUCUGGUAAGUCAGCCUUACUCGCUGCUAUUCUCGGUGAAAUGAAUCUUAUUAAUGGUCAAUUAAAUACAAAUGAUAGUUCCUUUUCUUAUGCUACACAAUCACCAUGGAUAUUAGCAGAUACAUUUCGUAACAAUAUCCUUUUAAAUCGACCAUUUGACGAACAACGAUAUAAACAUGUAAUACAUGCAUAUUGUCUCGAUGUUGAUCUUGGUCUUUUUGGAUCUAGUGGCGAACUCACAAUGAUUGGAGAAAAGGGAGUUAAUUUAAGUGGUGGACAAAAAGCGAGAGUAGCAUUAGCUCGUGCUUUAUAUGGUGAUGCGGACAUUUAUUUACUUGAUGAUCCAUUAUCUGCUGUCGAUCGUAGAGUAGCCAAACAAAUCUAUGAACGAUGCAUUGGUCCAUAUGGGUUAUUGAAAAAGAAAACUCGCAUAUUGGCUACUCAUCAAACACAGUUUCUUUAUGAAUCAGAUCAAACAAUAUUUCUUUCACAUGGAUAUAUUGAUAAACAAGGUUGUUUGAAGGAAAAUAUCAUUAGAGAAGAUGCUCCUAACAAAAAUGAAACAUCAGUAUUAGCUGAUAUGCUUGACGUAAAUCCAUCGAUGGCUGAUGCUCAAUCGAUCAUAACUGAUGAAACGUCUCUUAAUGAUGGCGUCAGGUGGUCUGUUUGGUAUCAUUGGUUUACUGCACCACCAUCCGGCAUCUUUGGCUUCUGUUGA